UGGUGAGAAGCUUGUGCAACCCUGAAACAGAGAGUUUGUUUACCCGAAAAAAUGUCACGGAGAGAUAUUUUCCUGGCUCUUUUAUAAAUAAUUUUGUGAUUAAAUAGCAAUAAUUUGUCGUUUUUAUUCGAUCUAUGUGCAAAGUUCUUGUGAAGUGAUUAUUGUUAAAAUCAACCCUAAAAAGCAAUGGAGUACGAGAGAGGUCCUUUCUUGGAAUUCAACGAUGAAAACAAUCACGUUGAUGCUGAAACAAAGAAGCUCUGUGAGAUGGAUUUCCCCCUGCGGGACGUCUUGGAGGACACGGAGGAGGAUACUUCAACACCUACAAAGAGAAGAACUAGGAAGGAUGAAUAUAAUCCAUCUGAGCCCGCAAAAUGCCCAAAAUGUCCAAGAAUGAUGCCCGCAAGGAUGCUCCACAAGCACUUCCAGAGUCAUUCAUUCAAUUUUUGUUCUAUGUGUCUUGCCAUCUUCUCCAAUAUAAGCUUCCUGGCUAAGCACAAGACACGUUGUCUGAAGAGGCCGCUGCGGUUGCAGAAGAACAACUGGAGGUACCUACCGGCGUGGUUUGAUCUCAGCAGAGCCAAAGAAAAUAUUCUUCCGUGUCCCGUUUGUAAGGAAGAGUACGGGAGUGUCAGUGAACUUCUUGACCACCUAGUUGUUCACGAUAGCGCCAAAGAAACCUUCACGUGUGGUCCCUGUUCCGCUGUCUUUUACUCAAUGAAUGAACUGAAGAAGCACAUGUUUAAGCAUGUGUUGGCUGAUCAACGCAAAGCCCCCACUGAGGCACCCCAAAAUGAGGCAAACUAGUCUCCUCACAGCAGAGAAAACAAAGAAAACUCUUUAAAAAUCAUGAAAAGCAUUGAAAAUUUUUAUUAAUGAAUCCAGCAUAAGAAUAAUACAAAACAAAGCACAAAGCUUCCCCCCGCAGAAAGAAACAUUCAGAGGAAUUCCAUUUCCCUUUCAAUCCCGACGAAUUUCAACUGCUCCGUUGGACCGUAUCUGUAGUCAAAGAACAACUCCUCCCCCGGCUGAAUGGCCCUCUUGGCGAAAAUCCCAAUUCGAUGAUCCCCAUUAACCAUCAUUACCUUCGCAUAGCAAUUGGGGUUAAUGGAAUGAUUGGCAAAACGUAUUUUAUUGCCCUUCCGCGUGGCAUCAACCACAAAAUCAUUGUUGAGAUUAAAGAGGAAGCUGCACAUGUACUUGUCAUACACCUUCCCACGUCGAUCUGCCUCAUCCUGUGAGAUUAUCUCACCACAAUACUCAGAAAUGAAUUCAUUCUUCUGUGCGCUGUCCUUUAGGAAAAUUCCCCAUCCAGCCACAUCCGAGGGGGCCAUCAGUAGAUGUUUGUCUGCAAAAAAAAGUCAAUUUUUCUUUGAAUUUCUGUGUCAUUUUGUUUGUUUUUAGAACUAUUUCAAAACUAAAGAAAUCUAUGAAUCUCCCGGAAGAACCGCCGGAAGUUAAUAUUAAAAAAAAUCUUCCUUUUAGAAUUAAAUUAUUUUAUAAAAAAAAACUAGGAAUUAUGAGUCAAUUUUAUGAAAUAAAUCGUACAAU